UUCUGUUUUCAUCUGUUGACUGUUGACGUGUUGACUGUUGUUUGAUUGAUUGAUUCUUUACUUGCGUGAAGUAGAAUGACCAUGAUUACUGCUAAUGAUUACUAGUACUAGUAGUAGUAGUUUCCUUGCGACCAUUCAGUAGUCUUAUCUACUUCACGUUCUUGUUCUACAGUUUCUUGCAACAGUCAGAACACAAAGUACGAAGUAGCCAAGACCCCACCGACUGUUCUACAUGACUUUAUUGUAGUUCUAUCAUCCACGAGUGCGUCCAGCGGUGCGAAGGAGCCUGACAAAGUUUGGCAAAGGACGUGGAUUGCGCUUUCCUUUCAUGCUAGCUUGUUGUAGUGUAGCUUCUUGAGCUUUAGAGAGACUUGAGCAAUGUGACUUGCUGGCUGUCACUGUCCUGGAAGAAGCAUGUCGCGGAAAGAAAUUCUCGAAAAUGAACUAGAAGAACUGACACGUUCUGUGUCGCUACGCAAACGGAUGAUUGCAGCUAAGUCAUCUGCUGUAAGAUCUGGCCACAGAUCAACUGUCCGCUCCUCAUCUGUGACAAAGACUCCCUUAUACCGCUCUGGGGCAACUACUUCAAAGUAUUCCAAAGUGAAUGUAGGGCGGACGUCUUGUCCGGCCCACGUUGCUUUUCGGCAGCAUGGCACGCAACAUGGCACACAACACAGCGGCAAUCAGUUCAGGUGGAAACCUGAACACAACGUCGAGCAUCAAUCAUCAUCACCAGCUGCCACAAACGCAAUGCCAUCGUCAUCAGUUGACUUUUCCUCUUGUCCAGAGCCAUUACCAGCUGUCUGUGUGGCCGAUCGUCCGUCAACGCUUUCCUUUCAGCUGCCAAGAAGCCGACCUCUACGACAAACACCUUCGACUUCAUCUACUCCUGCACCAUUAGUAAGGAAAUCAAAGGCCACAGUACCAGCACCAGCUCAAGGUCACCGACCCGAUGUCACUUGGCCACCGCCAGUGCAAUCUAUUGGGGCUGCCCCUUCCACUACGAGAGUACAUGCCAGCGGAAACGGCAAAGAUAGCACCACCAGCAGUGAUAGGAAACUCCACAGCAGCGGCGGCGGUGGCGGUGGUGGCAGCGGUGUUGGCUCAUGUGCUAGGUCCAACUACACGUGGAGACCCAAUCCUGCUAGUUCGACUGUAUCUCAUUCGGCUGUGUCAUUAGCAAUGCCCGUGACACACACAGUCAAGCAAAGCAGCUCUCAGCCAUCAUCCACUGUUCAACACAGCACUAGCACUAGCACUAGUGACACCAAUGUGAAUGCAUGUGCUAACGAAAGUCAGCCCAAGUCUAAGGACACUGGGAGUAUGAAAGUGCUCUCUCAGCCAGUCGAUAAUCGUUCUAGCCUGCCAACUCGUCAGCAGCUGCGCUGGUCGAAACAGAGCACUCCGCAUGCAUCUGCUGUGCCUCCUGGAAAGCCUGUGACAUCAUCAGCGGCCGUGAAGGAAGCUGGGUCUAGUAUCAGCAAUGUGAGUGUUACUCAUUGUGUUACCAGCCUGGCUACUGUGCAUGGGCAAACUACCAGCCUGGCUACUGUGCGUGGGCUAACUUGUACUGCCACAAGUGCCAGUACUGUGUCUGCACAAACCACUGCCCAGUCAUCUCAACGUCCCCAGUCGUCGCAGGUAGUUGAUCCAACCAUGGCGAAAGCUCAGCAUCGAGUGCAACCAGCAGCAUGCCGAAAGGGUAAUUUAACUUGGCACCGUACAAGUGCCUCCACAGUAACCGCCACUGCUGGAUCCACAGUGUCCGCUGCAGCAUCAACAGUAUCGUCAUCAUCUCAUACCCAAUCCGAUAAGACAGUAAUGGGAGGUGAUAGGCCAAUUACUCAGCCCAGCACAGCGCAAGGAACAAGUGGUAUCGGUAAUGGUCAACAGGCUUCUCCCUGCAAACAACCACUUUCAACCGAGAUAUCUUCUCACAACACAAUCAGUGGAAAGAUGAGGUGGAGACGGAAAAGCUGGAAUGAAGCGCAAAAGCAGCCAUCACCAAAUCGUUUGUCAGUGUCCAGUAAGAAGUCGCUGUCACCUAGAUAUGCUAGUGUCAACAGCAAGCAAGUGGUUCACGGUUCUAAAUUGAAAUGGCGAAAACCAACUGCUGGAAAAGAAAGUACAGAGAAGGAAAGAAAACUGCCUCCAUCACCAAGCCAGCUAAAAUGGAGACGUGCUCCAACGCCAAAGACUGGAAAAGUGGGUGCAGACAAGGAAAGAAAAGCACAUCCGUCACCAAGUCAAUUAAAAUGGAGACGUGUUCCAGCGUCGAAAACUGGGAAAGUGGGUGCAGCCAGUGAAAGAAAACUGCCUCCGUCACCAAGUCAAUUAAAAUGGAGACGUGUUCCAACAUCGAAAACUGGGAAAGUGGUUGCAGCCAGAGAAAGAAAGCCACAUCCGUCACCAAGUCAACUGAAGUGGAGGCGUGUUCCAACGUCAAAGGCUGGAACAGUGAGUGCUGACAAGGAAAGAAAGCCCCAUCCGUCACCAAGCCAACUGAAAUGGAGACGCGUUUCUACAUCAAAGGCUGGUGUCAAGAAGUCCACUUUGCCUGCCAGCAUUCCGUCACGCCACAGCUUAAAGUGGCGCCGUGUAUCCAGUUCGGGGAGUAGCACCGUCCCUGCCGAAGUGCCACCGCGUCAUAACCUAAAGUGGCGGAGAUUAUCUAGUGCAGAUGCAAGCACUGCCUCUUCUACUGGCAAUCGGAGCAUUGACAGGCGAGCAAGUCAACGCAAAUCAAAAAGUACUCCGCGUAAGUUGCCAGCUCCCCGUGAGUUGAAGUGGAGGCGAAAGUCAUUAAGUCCAGCAGCAGCAAAGACUUCUGUCCUCGCCAAGCAGUCUGCCAAACAACUGCCAUCUAGAGAACAGCUCAAGUGGCGACGGUUGAACGCAGCAAAAUCUCCUGUGGCCAAGAAGAAGGUGGUGAAUCCCUACCACUGGGUGCGAGAUGGGCUUACGUCAGCUAAGUCUCAGGCUUCUGCACCGCCAGGUAGCUGCUUGCCACGCAAUGCUCUUCAACUGGCACUGUAUGGUGCGAAUGGAUGGAAAAGCCUUGCAGUGCAAAGGCAUAUGCGUUACGUUGCCAAGACGGCCGCUUUGCGCACACCCAGCAAGAAUAAGAAGAAGCUGCAUCAAGCAUCUCAUCCUCAGAGAGUGGCAGCCUGCAAGCCAAGGUCGCGCACUACACGCUUCGUGAAUAUCAGUGGAGAUAUGUAUGCCUCGACGUCGAGGAAGCUACAGCGAGUCAAUGCUCCGCAAUCUCAAUCUCAAAAGGCUGCGUCAUCAGGUACAAGUACAAGCACGAAAGAAGACCCAGCCGUCAUAGUACCAAUCCGUGGCAUUCGCUAUCAACUGGAUUCAUCUGGUCAGGUUCUAAGGCGACUUGGAUCAGGCAACAAUGCAGGCAGCAAGGUGGGUCCGUCGAACGUAUUGCGCACGUAUCAUCUUGGUGGAGUUCUAUUCCAGGAGACGCCGGAUGGAACUUAUGUCCGAUGCAGCGGGGUGAAGUCCACUCAACUGGCUAAGGAGCGUGUUCGCCGUAGCAUCCAGCUGACUAGCUACCGUAAGAGCCGAACACAGGUCGCCGUCCAGUUUAAAGGCUACUGCGCCUUCUACAAAAGGUUUGGCCACUGUCGCAAUGGUGUCAAGUGUAUGUAUGUGCACGACCGUGACAAAGUUGCUGUGUGCCGCAAGUUUUUGAAAGGACUCUGUGACAAAAGUGCUGAGGAGUGCCUGCUCUCUCACACUCUCUCAAAGAAUAAGGUACCAGUAUGUAACUUCUUCCUUCAAGGUAGCUGCCCGAAGGAUAACUGUCGCUACGCUCACGUCAAUGUGAGCAAAGAUGCAUCGCCAUGCAAGGAUUUCUUGGAUGGUAACUGUCCCCUGGGAGAGAAGUGCGCCAAGAAACAUGUUGAAGUAUGCAUGAGUUCUCUCACAGGAAAGGUAUGCAGAGAAGGCAGUUCUUGCCGCUUCUACCAUCUGCCUGGUACGAAAAGCGCUGCAACAUCAGCCACGUCAAGCCGUCACCGCUUAUCAUCAAGUGGUGUUGAGGAACCGGUUGCUUUUCGCAAGGAGCGCCUUCGGAAAGCUUUUGCAGCAGCCAAGUCUCACCCUACUAUUCUCAUUGAGAAUAAUGAUGGUGAUGAUGAUAAUGAUGGUGAUGGAGGCAACGAACGAACUGACACAAAUUAUGUUCUUCCUCGCUCACCACUCAAGUUCAAACCAUCGUUUUUGUCCUAGAUAGCUAGAUGACGACGGCAUCACAUCAUUAUCCAAGCGUCCAGAAUCUGAUAACGUUAUUUUCAUAUCUAGUCACGUGGUGUACUCUUGCAGUUUACCCAAAUUAUCAAUUUCGUGUAGAGCUGGUUCUCUUCCACAGCUUGAUUGAUAAGUUUUGUGUAGUUGCUGUAAAUUCAAGCACAUUGUUUAGACCACUAUGUCAUUGACGGACAUUUUGUGUUCACUUCCAACUACACCUAGGUUUUUAAAUGAAAUUUUAAAAAUAUUUGUAAAAACAAUGCCUGCAAGAUGACACUCCAGUACUGGCCAGGCCUGCGCUCAUUCUGACAACGACCGCAAAUGACAUCCUAGUCCACACACCCACACAUACCUCUUUUCAAGUCUUUUGUCGUUGAGUUGAAUUCAUUUUUUUACUGUCUAGAAGAUAGGUGUCUCUGGAACUCCAGACCCAUCACCACAUAUAAGGUUACUAUUAUAGGACCUAUAAUUAAUCCAGUGCUGUCUUUUGGAUCCACAAUCAACUGUGCAAGGUAGUACAAGUACUUUCAAGUCACUGUGAUUCCAUAGAAUACAAGAAGUUUUAUUGUCAGAACAACCAUUAUGUUGAGCAACGUAUUUUUGUCAUGAAAUUUGGUUUCAGGUUUAGUUUUUUUUAUCAUCUAAUACUGAUUGAUCUAGUCUUGUUCACGAGA